AUAUUAAAUUCCGCUCAGCUCAUUUUAAUAUUAAGUCAAUUGUUUUCUUUUGGCUUCUUGAAACCAAUUCAUUUUGCCCUUUUUAAAAUAUAUUAAAAAUGAGUGACUUAACAGAGAUCAUUACAACGGUAUCCCUUCUUGUUGGAGGGUUACUUUUAAUCUUAUCUGCGUAUAUUUUUGGAGUCUGUAAGAAUAAAAACCAUAAUAAUUUUAUUAUUAAUACUUUGUUGAUGAUUUAUGAUUGGGUUUUCUACAUAAUUUUCACUAUAUGGAUCUCUACAACUGACAUGCAGUCUAUUCUCGUGAUUAUUAUACCGUUAAUGUCCGUUAUGAUUUUUUUCAAUUUUAUACUUACUGUCACCAUAUUACGACGAGAAAUUAAUAAUAAUGAACAAUUUCGUGCAUGGUUCCAAGAACAUAACGUUUUUAUUAUAUUUCUUGUAUUGUGUUCAUUAGUUAAUCUUAAUGUAUUGCAUGUUUUAAAUUGUAAAUUUAAUUAUAUGGAUAUAUUUGAUGCAAAAUUAUCUUUUACUGUCGAGAAGAAAAUCAUUCACGCAAGUGUGAUUAGUUUGGUUCUUGGAGAUAUUCCUCGAUUAUUUCUUUUGCUUAACUGUGUUUUGACCUUAACAGAGUUUUAUGCAAUUCCCGUGACAAGUUUAUUCUUGACUUUAUUGGUACUUUUCUUCAGAUUCUUUUAUAGAUUAUAUGAAUCAAUGAUUAGAGAUUAUGAAAAUUCAACUGUACAAGAAUUAAUUGUAAACAAAAAGCAAUUUUUAGAGGCAUAACUGAAUGUUACUUUUUUAUAUUUUUCGAAUAUACUGUACACCUUCCCCAGCUAAUACCCUUGAGUACAAUUUCCAUCCUGAGGGAUUUAAUAUAUGAAAAUUCUGAAUUUGAUUUAUGAUAGUCAUUAAAUAAAUAAUAAAUAAAAUCUAUUUUAAGUGUGGUACUUUUGGUUCAAAAU